AUGUCCGUACCGCUCAUUAUCGAUCCGACCAGCCCGCUCAUAACAGCUCCCGAAGCUGUCAUCCUCGAUGCCUCGUGGCUCUACGAGCCUCCGCCUACGCGCAACGCGUACAGAGAGUUUCUUGCCGGACCCCGUCUUCCCAAUGCGCGGUUCUGGGACCUGGAUGCCGUGUCCGAGCCUCACCCGGACGGAUACGCCCUGAUGCUCCCCUCGCCGGAGCGGUUCGCAGCGUUUGCUGGCAAGCACGGCAUCACAAAGGAUUCGCAUGUCAUUGUUUACGAUGGCGAAGGGAUCUUUGCUGCCCCACGCACGGCAUGGACAUUCAAGGUUUACGGGCAUGAGAACGUCUCCGUGAUCAACGGCGGUCUGCCGCGUGCGAAGAAAGAGGGUGUGAAGCUCGAGACAGGCCCGCCGGCAGAGUUCCAGGACUGCCGAUUGACUGGCGGCGUAGGAUUCGACGAGGUCGCAGAACUUGCGCGGCGACCGACGCCAUCUGCUCGGGAUACCCUGCUCAUCGAUGCAAGGCCGCUGCCGUCAUAUGAAGGUGGACACAUACCCACGUCCCUCCCUCUGGAUUUUCCUUCGUCCCUACUCCAGGAUCCAGCGGGCUUUACAUAUCUACGAAGCCCUGAAGACCUGAGCGAGUAUGUCGGCGAGAAACUUGGCCGGGACACAUUGGACCAAGUUGUUUCUCGUAAAGCGAGCGUUGUCAACAGUAAGCUGCAUCCGGGGUUCCCAUUCUGA